AUGAAUUUAUCAUCUCCAUUGUCCCUCUUUUCUUUUCCGAGUACUGUUUUCUGCUGUGGUUAUAAUACUGAUCGGUUUUUAGGCGUGAAGAGUGAUCACGGGCCAUCGGAUCUCUUCUCAUUGGUUCAUUUAUCCACUUUAGAGAAUGAAAUGAAAAACGCAGGAGCAGGCUAUAUUGUACAAGUAUCUACGAAAUUUUCCAAAUCCUAUUUUCUAACAAGUAAUCAUCAUGUAUAUAUUGGUAGAGAUAUGCGUCGUUGGACUUGGCCCGAUCUUCUAUUGCCUGAUAAAAUUGUUGAUAUCAAAACAGGACAGAAUAGUGCCUUGUUUUUAAUGUCAUCGGGAAAAGUUUAUAUGGACACUGAUUCAGGAAAUCCUUGUUUAUUUGAAAAAGAAUAUACUGCUAAAAUGAUCGCAGCAACAGGAAUGAGUUAUUGGAUUUUGGAUGUGAAUAAUGUAUUACGUGGAACUGGUGAGCUACUUUCCAAUCCAGUUGAAAGUCCCAUUGAUUUGAAAGCCUAUUUGGAUGAUGAUGAAGAUGUUGCAGAAUUGGUCACAGGAGGAAGCAGUAUUUGUAUUAUCACAAAUAGACGAAAUUUAUAUAUUUUGGGAGAAAAGGUAGCCUUUGGAAUGUCUGAUACAUCGAUUUAUAAACUUCCACACCGUAUGCAUCGAUUUGACGGCAUGGUAAACAAAGUAUCAUGUGGAUGGUAUUUUACAAUGGUGUUAGCUAUUGAUCACAGUUUACACGGAGCAGGUAGAAAUACUUAUGGACAGCUCAGCAAUCCCAAUACUGAUCAAGAUGAUGAUCAUACGAGUGGCUCUGGUGCAGUAACAAGACCAGCUAUCUAUGAACAAACAACCUGGAAAGAGUUUACUCCACAUCUUCCACCAGGAGAAUUUGUAGAGAAUAUUUGUUGUGGAUCCGAUCAUGUGGUCAUUGCCACCAAUAAGGGUAAAGUUCUCACCAAAGGAAUGACCACGUACGGUCAGAUUGGAAGACGAGAUAGGAACGAAGUUUUCGAUUUACCCAACUUUCAUGAUCCCAACUAUGAGGACGUUAUUAAGAAUGCAGUGGGAGAGAAUUACACUGCAAGAUUUGCUUCCAAUAAUUUUAACACAUUGAGUACCUAUGUGAUUUAUGUUCCAUCCAUAUCCAAGCAAUUAAUUUAUUUCAAAGAAAAGAUGAAAACUGCAUUUAUGGACAACAAACUAACCGAUUUAUCAUUCUUCUUCCAAUAA